ACAAAAGCGAAGAAAUUGAGAAGAAGAAAACGAUACAUAUUCGCUGCUGCUGUUUUGUUGAAGAAAAAUGGACGCCGAUUACGGUAUUGCAAGGGAACUCUCUGAUCUGCAGCAGCUCCGUACACUCUACAAACCUCAACUCCCGCCAUGCCUGCAGGGAACUGAGGUUCGUGUGGAGUUUGGUGAUGCAACUACAGCUGCAGACCCUUCAGGUGCUCACACCAUAAAGAAGUCUUUUCCUCACACUUAUGGUCAACGUUUAGCACAUUUCCUCAGAGCUACAGCUAAGGUUGCUGAUGCUCAAAUUAUUACUGAUCAGCCUGCAGUUAGGGUGGGAGUGGUGUUUUGUGGUAGACAAUCUCCUGGAGGACAUAAUGUAAUUUGGGGCCUUUACGAAGCUCUAAAAGUGCACAACCCGAAAAGUGUGUUGCUUGGCUUUUUGGGUGGUUCCGAAGGCUUAUUUGCUCAAAAAACUUUAGAGAUCAGUGAUGAGAUUCUUGCAACCUACAAAAACCAAGGUGGUUAUGAUUUGCUGGGACGGACAAAAGAUCAAAUUAGAACAACAGAACAAGUCAAUGCAGCACUUAAUGCAUGCACAACUUUGACGCUGGAUGCUCUUGUCAUUAUUGGGGGUGUGACAUCAAACACGGAUGCUGCCCGACUUGCAGAAACAUUUGCAGAAAGGAAUUGCUUGACAAAGGUUGUUGGUAUUCCUGUUACACUAAAUGGAGAUCUGAAAAACCAUUUUGUUGAGACAAAUGUGGGUUUUGACACAAUUUGUAAGGUUAACUCCCAACUGAUCAGCAAUGUAUGCACUGAUGCACUCUCCGCAGAGAAGUAUUAUUAUUUUAUAAGACUCAUGGGAAGAAAGGCAUCUCAAGUUGCAUUGGAGUGCACUCUUCAAUCUCAUCCCAAUAUGGUUAUUCUUGCCGAAGAGGUGGAUGCAUCUAAGCUUACACUUUCUGACAUCACCAAACAAUUAUGCGAUGCUGUUCAAGCAAGGGCUGAGCAAGAUAAAUACCAUGGUGUAGUUCUCUUGCCCGAGGGGCUCAUAGAAAGUAUUCCUGAAGUGUAUUCUCUGUUGCAGGAAAUUCAUGGUUUACUCAGGAAAGGUGUCUCUGCUGACAAUAUUUCUGGUCAACUAUCACCAUGGGCUUCUGCGUUGUUUGAAUUCCUGCCUCCUUUUAUUAAGAAUCAGCUCCUUCUUCACCCAGAAUCGGAUGACUCUGCACAGCUCUCUCAGAUUGAGACAGAAAAGCUCUUAGCUCAUCUUGUUGAAAAGGAAAUGAAUAAACGACUGGAAGAAGGAACCUACAAGGGGAAGAAAUUCAAUGCAAUUUGCCAUUUCUUCGGUUAUCAAGCUCGUGGAUCACUGCCUUCCAAAUUUGAUUGUGACUAUGCAUAUGUGCUUGGUCACAUCGGCUAUCACAUAAUUGCUGCUGGGUUGAACGGUUAUAUGGCAACCGUUAACAACUUGAAGAACCCCGUGAAUAAGUGGCGGUGUGGCGCUGCUCCUAUCACGGCUAUGAUGACCGUGAGGCGGUAUGGGCAACCAGCCCUCUAUCCCGCAACAGUUGAUUUGAGGGGCAAGGCCUACGACUUGCUGAGACAGAACGCGGCCAAGUUCUUAAUGGAUGACGUCUACAGAAACCCCGGCCCCCUCCAGUUUGAAGGCCCAGGUGCUGAUGCUAGGCCCGUGACCCUCUGCGUUGAGGAUCAGGAUUACAUGGGGCGCAUCAAGGAACUGCAGGAAUACCUCGAGAAGGUGCGGGCCAUAGUUAAACCGGGCUGCUCGCAAGAUAUUGUUAAAGCUGCUCUUUCCGCCAUGGCUUCUGUUACCGACAUUCUCUCGGUGAUGACCUCUCCUUCUAGUUCGUAGAAGAAGGCGUUUUACUUUGUUUCGACUACAACAUUCUAUCUCUCUGUUUUGGUGGUGCUAUUUAUGGAUCUGUAAUUUUAUGGUUUGUAACCAUUACCAGAAUAAACUGACAUAGAAACCCAGUUUUGGAUUAAUGAUGAGGACUUCUUUUUAUUUGUU